AGUCAUUCUCUCUUAACUCCAAUGGCCAAAUCAGUAUUUAAGAAAACUGUUCUUAUUUUUACCGUUUUCCUUAUAUCUUUUCUCGUUAAUGUUGAAUCCCAGAAAUUUUCAAGAAAUCUAUCGCAACGAUCUUUGGGUUUGAGAAAAGAAAAACUAAGCCACUUUCGUUUCUACUUCCAUGACAUAGUUAGCGGUCCCAACGCCACUGCCAUCAGAAUCGUUGAGGCCACCAGAACCAACCGUACUGCAGCAACUGGUUUUGGUGACAUCACGAUGAUCGACAACCCGUUGACCAUUGGGCCGGAACGGACCUCGAGGCUAGUGGGCAGAGCACAGGGGAUGUAUACCUCAGCAAGCUUGAACGAGAUGGGGUUGUUGAUGGUUAUGAACUAUGUGUUUGUGGAAGGAAAAUAUAAUGGCAGUACAUUGAGUAUAAUGGGCCGAAAUCCGGUGAUGUCGACAGUAAGAGAGAUGCCAGUUGUUGGAGGGAGUGGGCUUUUUCGGUUUUCGCGUGGAUAUGCACAAGCAAGAACUCACACUUUCAACAUGAGCAAUGGUGAUGCUGUCGUGGAGUUUAAUGUUUACGUCCUUCAUUAUUGAUUAACUCUGUAUUUUAUUUCGAAUAUUUAAUAUAAUUUUCAUGAUGUUGAAGUUUUAAUCUUAUUUUAUAGAUUUCGCAUUAUUUGUGAUAAUAAUACAUAAUUUGUUAUAUUAUUGUUUUACAGUAAAAGAUUUUGGAAGUC